CUUCUUCUUCCUCUUCUUCUUCUUCGAUCCAUCUCUCUCUCUCUCUCUCUCCCUCCCUCCCCCGAUCCUCUGUGGAGAUCUCUUCGUCUCCCCCAUGGACUCGGCGGGGCCGCAGUGAUCCUCUUUGAUGUCCCUCUCCUGGAUCGUUCUAGGGCAACUCGAAUCGAACGAAUCAAUGUCGACGUCGAAGAAGGUGAUCACGAGGGAGGAGUGGGAGAGGAAGCUCCGGGACGUCAAGAUCAAGAAGGAGUUCAUGAACAAGCUCGUCAUGAACUUCCUCGUCACCGAGGGCUACGUCGAGGCGGCCGAGAAGUUCCGCAUCGAAUCCGGCACCGAGCCGGAUAUCGAUCUUGCGACGAUAACGGAUCGGAUGGCGGUGAAGAAGGCGGUGCAGUCGGGAAAUGUUCAGGAUGCGAUCGAGAAAGUCAACGAUUUGAACCCUGAGAUACUGGAUACAAAUCCACAGCUAUAUUUCCAUUUACAGCAGCAGAAACUGAUUGAGUUGAUUCGAUUGGGAAAAGUAGAAGAAGCUCUGGAGUUUGCUCAAGAUGAACUAGCACCAAGGGGCGAGGAAAAUCAAAGCUUUUUAGAGGAGUUGGAGAGGACAGUAGCUCUUUUGGCAUUUGAGGACGUGAAGAACUGUCCAUAUGGAGAACUUUUAGAUGUCUCACAGCGCUUGAAGACUGCAAGCGAGGUGAAUGCUGCAAUACUUACAAGCCAAAGUCAUGAAAAAGAUCCAAAGCUCCCAAGCUUGCUGAAAAUGCUGAUAUGGGCUCAAAACCAGCUGGACGAAAAAGCUAUCUACCCUCGCAUCAACAACUUAUCCACCGCUAUGCUCGAAGAUCCAGCAAUAUGAUCCAAAUCAUUUUAUGAUAAACCUGUUUGGGUAUUACAUUCCUUUGCUGGGAUUCGCACGUCAUAUUUGCAUAUAUUUUCCCAGAAACAGAUUGCUUUUUCCUCCUCUGUAUCCACUGGUACAGGAGUUUAGCUUUCCUGUGUUAGAACAUCACAGCAAUGUACAGGUAAAAUUAUCGAUCUUGUUUCUUUCUUGUACUGUCGGAACUGCUUGGUUCAGCGGAGGUCGUCAAUUCUGAAAAGUUUGGAAUAACCGAGACUGCAUUAUCGAAACCUGCUGAAUAAUUCUUUCUUGAGCAUAAUUCCCACUCUCGCAACUCUCGUGCUGUGGGUGUUGCUCUGGUGAUUGCAUGCUGCUGUAGCCCUAUUCUGCGCUCGAGGAGAACAUGCUGCAGCAGCAGUCGGUCACCGCUUUUAGAAAUAGAAAUCCGCAAAUGUGGACGGACUGUUUUUUAAUUAGGGUAAAUCUACCAUGUGAACAGUGACCAGAUUCAUUGAUCAUAAACCCUAAACCCUAAAUAGCAUUCCAUAAAAUAGAAGAGCCGUCUCUUAUGCAUUUAUGCUGGACAAAAAACUGUUACUUAUAAAACCAGUUGAUGAUGUUAUUUUCC